GACAAGGAUGGAAACAUCUCUAUGGGGUUUCUACCUGACCGAAUUGCAGCUGGCCCAGCAACUAGGAUCGGUAUAGGACGCCAGACGUCAGCAAACACUCGUACAAAACAGAAUGACAGUCAUAUUGAGAUAAAGGGGUUGACGGGGGAUGAGGCCAAUAUUGGACAUUCAUCGACUAUACACAAACUGCUCCUAUAUCGGCGCUCCUUUUGGAUAGUGACAGGCGGGAUAUAG